GCGUCUCAGCUGAAUCUCUUGUUGAACUUUUUUGGUUUUGUUUAGAAGCUGUUUGAAGUCCAAAGCUUUGCUGUUUAUUUUUUCUCUUAGUCUUUUAUUAUCAUUUCACUUUCUCCCUCUUUUCCUUCUUUUUAAAAAAUUCUUUCUAAAUUGCACACUUGACAGUUUAUCGAGCAGGAUAAGAAAUCUUGUCAAGGUAAACCCACAUCGCUGUUAUUUUUUCCUCUCCGCUGGCUAAAAUCUCUGCAUUGGUGGUAGCACAGAGGCAGAUGGAAGGGUAGCGUCCCCAGCCCCAGGUUUGGUGUUGAGCAUUCAUGCUCCACCAGCUCUCCAAGCAGCUGGGCUGUGGCUCCGCUCUGGUGCCGGCUGAGCCAGGCUGUGCGGUGAGUGAGAGAUGGACCGCUUCCUGGGUUUUGUCAAGCAGAUAAGAAGAUCUAGGAGAAGAAAGGGGAAAAAGUACCGACCAGAAGAGGAUUACCACGAGGGCUAUGAGGAUGUCUAUUAUUACGCUUCAGAGCAUUUUCGAAAUGAGAGUCCCUACACUAAAUCCGCCAGCCAGACAAAGCCGCCUGAUGGAGCGUUGGCUGUGAGGAGACAGAGCAUCCCAGAGGAGUUCAAGGGCUCCACCGUGGUUGAGCUGAUGAAGAAGGAAGGCACCACCCUCGGGCUGACGGUAUCGGGCGGAAUUGACAAGGAUGGGAAGCCGAGGGUAUCCAACCUGCGGCAAGGAGGAAUUGCUGCCAGAAGUGAUCAGCUGGAUGUAGGUGACUAUAUCAAAGCAGUGAAUGGCAUCAACCUGGCCAAAUUCCGCCACGACGAGAUCAUCAGUUUGCUGAAGAACGUCGGGGAAAGAGUGGUCCUCGAAGUCGAGUAUGAGCUGCCGCCAGUCUCUGUCCAAGGAUCGAAUGUUAUUUUCCGAACUGUGGAGGUCACGUUACACAAAGAAGGCAAUACCUUUGGUUUUGUAAUACGAGGGGGAGCACAUGACGAUAGGAAUAAAUCUCGUCCUGUGGUAAUAACCUGUGUUCGUCCUGGAGGGCCUGCCGACAGAGAGGGCACAAUCAAACCUGGCGAUAGGUUGCUCAGUGUGGAUGGAAUUCGGCUUCUUGGAAGCACGCAUGCUGAAGCCAUGAGUAUUCUUAAGCAGUGUGGACAAGAAGCGACGUUGCUGAUAGAAUACGACGUCUCAGUCAUGGAUUCUGUGGCAACAGCAUCCGGACCACUACUAGUUGAAGUUGCCAAAACUCCUGGAGCCAGCCUUGGGGUGGCCCUAACUACCUCGAUGUGCUGUAACAAACAGGUCAUUGUCAUAGAUAAAAUCAAAUCUGCAAGUAUUGCAGACAGAUGUGGUGCUCUGCAUGUGGGCGAUCACAUCCUGUCCAUCGACGGAACCAGCAUGGAGUACUGUACGCUCGCAGAAGCCACCCAGUUCCUGGCAAACACCACCGACCAGGUCAAGCUUGAGAUUCUGCCCCAUCACCAGACCCGCCUGGCCCUGAAGGGACCUGAUCAUGUGAAAAUUCAGAGGAGCGACAGGCAACUUACCUGGGAUUCCUGGGCCAGCGGCCACUACAGCCUUCACACCUACCAUCACUAUAACACGUACCACCCUGACCAUUGCAGAGCGCCCGCCCUGACUUUCCCGAAAGCGCCUCCUCCAAACAGCCCUCCAGCUCUGGUGUCUUCAUCCUUCUCUCCUACCUCCAUGAGUGCAUACAGCCUGAGUUCCCUGAACAUGGGGACUUUACCUCGAAGCCUCUACUCCACUAGCCCGCGUGGAACCAUGAUGAGGAGGAGACUGAAAAAGAAGGACUUCAAAAGCUCAUUGUCUUUAGCCUCUAGCACAGUGGGCUUGGCUGGGCAGGUUGUUCACACAGAAACCACCGAGGUUGUGCUGACGGCAGAUCCUGUCACAGGAUUUGGGAUUCAACUGCAGGGCAGUGUGUUUGCCACAGAGACACUCUCCUCUCCACCUCUGAUUUCCUAUAUUGAAGCUGACAGCCCGGCAGAGAGAUGUGGGGUGCUGCAGAUUGGAGACAGAGUGAUGGCCAUUAAUGGAAUUCCAACUGAAGACAGCACCUUCGAGGAAGCCAAUCAGCUCCUCCGUGACUCUUCAAUCACAAGCAAGGUCACACUGGAAAUUGAGUUUGAUGUUGCAGAGUCUGUCAUCCCAAGCAGUGGAACAUUUCAUGUGAAGCUCCCUAAGAAGCACAGUGUGGAACUCGGAAUAACCAUAAGUUCACCAUCCAGUAGGAAACCAGGAGACCCCCUUGUCAUAUCAGAUAUCAAGAAAGGCAGUGUGGCGCACAGAACUGGGACCCUGGAACUUGGGGAUAAACUACUUGCCAUAGACAACAUCCGACUGGACAACUGUUCCAUGGAAGACGCCGUUCAGAUCCUCCAGCAGUGUGAAGACCUGGUGAAGCUCAAAAUCCGCAAGGAUGAGGACAACUCAGAUGAGCAAGAAAGUUCCGGAGCAAUUAUUUACACCGUGGAGCUUAAGCGCUAUGGGGGGCCCCUUGGCAUCACGAUUUCAGGAACUGAAGAGCCGUUUGAUCCGAUAAUCAUUUCAAGCCUCACUAAAGGGGGAUUAGCUGAAAGAACUGGCGCGAUCCACAUAGGAGACCGAAUCUUAGCCAUCAACAGCAGCAGCUUAAAAGGGAAGCCUCUGAGUGAAGCCAUCCAUUUGUUACAGAUGGCAGGAGAGACUGUCACCUUGAAAAUUAAGAAGCAGACAGAUGCCCAGCCAGCAUCGAGUCCCAAGAAAUUCCCCGUUCCCAGCCACGUGAGUGACCUGGGAGAUGUGGAGGAGGACUCCUCUCCCGCCCAGAAGCCAGGGAAACUCACCGACACCUACCCCUCCACUGUGCCCAGUGUGGACAGUGCGGUGGACUCGUGGGAUGGCUCUGGAAUCGAGGCCAGCUAUGGGAGUCAAGGCACUGGCCUUCAGGCCUCAGGUUACAACUUCAACACCUAUGACUGGAGGAGUCCCAAACAGAGAGGCAGUUUGUCCCCAGUCACUAAGCCGCGAAGCCAGACUUACCCAGAUGUGGGGCUGAGUAACGAAGACUGGGAGCGGUCCACAGUCAGCGGUUUUACAGGGGCUCCUGACAGUACGGAGGCCGAGCAAGAAGAGAACUUCUGGUCCCAAGCGCUGGAGGAUUUGGAAACCUGUGGACAGUCAGGAAUUCUGAGAGAGCUCGAGGAGAAAGCUGACAGGCGUGUGUCUUUGAGAAACAUGACUCUCUUGGCAACAAUUAUGUCGGGGAGCACGAUGAGUUUGAAUCACGAGGCCCCUACACCUCGCAAUCAGCUGGGGCGACAGGCCAGCUUCCAGGAACGGAGCAGCUCGCGGCCACACUAUAGCCAAACCACUCGGAGCAACACUCUGCCCUCGGACGUGGGCAGGAAGUCUGUCACCUUGAGAAAAAUGAAGCAGGAAAUAAAGGAGAUCAUGUCCCCGACUCCUGUGGAGCUGCACAAGGUGACCUUGUACAAGGGCUCUGACAUGGAGGACUUCGGGUUCAGUGUAGCAGACGGCCUGCUGGAGAAAGGAGUCUACGUCAAAAACAUUCGCCCAGCUGGGCCAGGAGAUCUUGGUGGCUUAAAGCCCUAUGACAGGCUCUUACAGGUGAAUCAUGUCCGAACGAGAGACUUCGACUGCUGCCUCGUUGUGCCGCUCAUAGCAGAAUCCGGUAACAAGCUGGACCUGGUAAUCAGCAGGAACCCACUGGCUCCACAGAAGUCCAUAGAGCAGACUCUGCCUGGAGGAGAAUGGGGGGAACAGAACAGUGCUUUCUUCCAACAGCCUAGUCAUGGUGGUAAUUUGGAGAUACGAGAGCCCACUAAUACAUUAUAG